UCUCACUCACACACCACUUGGCUCCCUCACGCCCUCUGCAUAUUUUACUCUCCGGCUCCUGUCAGCCGAGACCCUUCGUCACUUUCCGUCCGCUGUCUCCACUCUGCGGCUGGGUACAGUUCCUGGACCAAACCCUUUCUUACAUUUCUACGGACCGCUACUUCUCCCUCUCACUUUGCCAUGAGCCGCAGGGUUGUACGUCAGAGCAAAUUUCGCCAUGUCUUUGGCCAGGCAAUGAAAGCUGACCAAUGUUAUGAAGACAUACGAGUGUCUAAAGUGACAUGGGAUAGUUCCUUCUGUGCGGUUAAUCCCAAAUUUGUGGCCAUCAUUGUGGAAUCUGGUGGAGGAGGAGCCUUCCUGGUCCUGCAGCUGGCCAAAACUGGGCGUGUGGAUAAAAAUCACCCCUUGGUGUGUGGGCAUACAGCGCCUGUGCUUGACAUUGACUGGUGUCCACACAAUGACAAUGUCAUUGCCAGCGGCUCUGAAGAUUGUACAGUCAUGGUUUGGCAGAUCCCAGAUCAUGUAGCACUCCGGUCUAUAACAGACCCCAUUGUUGUCUUGGAGGGGCACUCGAAGAGAGUCGGGAUUAUCACAUGGCAUCCAACUGCCCGGAACAUUUUACUUAGUGCAGGCAGUGAUAAUAUGAUCAUUAUUUGGAAUGUGGGGACUGGGGAGCCCCUGAUAACUCUUGAUGACCUACACACUGACCUGAUUUACAACGUCUGCUGGAACCGCAAUGGCAGCCUCAUCUGCACCACCUGCAAGGACAAGAAAGUGCGCGUCAUUGAUCCAAGGGAGCAGCGCAUCGUUGCUGAAAAGAAUAAAGCACACGAAGGUGCUCGCCCAAUGAGGGCCAUCUUUAUGUCCAACGGUAAAAUCUUCACCACAGGAUUCAGCAAGAUGAGUGAACGGCAGCUGGCACUCUGGGACCCGAAAAACUUUGAUGAACCAAUAGCACUUCAGGAAAUGGACACCAGUAAUGGAGUACUUCUGCCAUUUUAUGAUCCAGACUCCAAUAUAGUGUAUCUCUGUGGAAAGGGUGAUAGCAGUAUUCGAUAUUUUGAAAUCACAGAAGAAGCUCCAUAUGUUCAUUACAUUAGCACAUUCAGCAGUAAGGAGCCACAGAGGGGAAUGGGUUUCAUGACAAAGAGAGGCCUGGAUGUCAGCAGAUGUGAAAUUGCAAGGUUUUUCAAGUUACAUGAACGGAAAUGUGAACCGAUUACAAUGACAGUGCCUCGCAAGUCAGAUCUUUUCCAAGAUGACUUGUACCCAGAUACACAAGGUCCUGAGCCAGCGUUAGAAGCGGAGGAAUGGAUGGCUGGCAAGAACGCUGAUCCCAUCCUUAUCUCAUUGAGAGAUGGGUACAUUCCACCCAAAAACAGAGAACUGAAAUUUGCCAAGAAGAACAUUCUGGAUAACAAGCCGCCUCUUGGACCUCGACGAAGCUACUCCACAUGCGAAUCAAAUUUUUCUCGUGUAACCGUGGAAGAACUAAUGGACGAAAUUAAAUCACUGAAGGUGAUAGUCCAGUCCCAGGAGAGACGCAUUACUGAGUUAGAGAACAAGCUCUCAAAGUUCACAAAUGGCACAGCUUAAUCAUAUCUUCAGCUCAAGCAUGCACUCCAAGGUAUAAGUGCUUCCUGCCAAGCCAAUUCAACUCAUCAGUGCCCACCCUGAGAACUCUGGUGGCAAUUGACAGUAGCUUUUAUAAAAAUCUACAUAAAAGUAUGUGCAUUCUUAACUCCAGUCAGGCAAGACCACAUGGAAGUAUUUAAUAUUUUGUUCUGGAGGUUAAUUGAAGAAUUACGUGAUGUUUGGGAACUACAGUGAACUAAAAACUCGAGCUACAUCUGAUCAGUGUUCCUACAUGUGGUCAUGGACUACUAUUGUUAGUGAGCAUUACAGUCUCCAUGAGCAGAGAUCCUGAACAUAAAUGCCAGAACUUCUCUUUGGACUGAGGGAAGGGGAGGGGAAGGAAUGACCUCACCAUGCAGACCACGAGGUCUAAUCAAGGGCAUUGGCUGGAUGGUGAGAUAGUCUGGAUCGCAACUUGUUCAUAUGAUUCAUAAAUUAACUUUGAAACAAACUCCAGGCUAAUAUGCUUACAAAGUUCCUCAGCUUGUGGCUCCAUUGCUUUUGGCAAAUAAGGUAAUUGUGUCUUUGAGUUCUGCUCAGGUAUAGUCAGACAAUAUUUAGUGAUUCUAAUUUUACGUUCAUGAUUUGCACUGUAUAAGGUUGUGGCAGUAUUUGGCACUUGGCAAAAUUGAUAUUUUGUAGCGUUUGUAGGUGCACACAGGCUAUGACGAGUGGAUGAUGUAGUUUCUAUGGGUCAUUGCAAAGCCAGUAUACUCCUUUUGUGAGUCAGUUCCAAAAUCAUGACGUACAAUGCUAGCAAGUCCAUAGGGCAUUCUCCACUAUUUUCUUUACAUUUAUGAAUAAAAUGGUCUUGUUCCAAGAACUCUUCAUCUUCAGGAAUGGAAAUAUUUUAAAAUAAUAAUUUGUACAUGUGUUAUUUGGUGUAAGCAUUGUGCAUUGUGGCAAAAAGAAGUGCUAUUUUAUUUUUGUGGUGGAUUUAUACUAUUGUUUUCUAUGUCCAUGCUCGAAAUUACAAUUGUUGCCCAGUGCUAAGCUUUCUGUCAUUGAUUUAUUUUCUGUUUUAUCACUGCUACCAAUUGUGUGCAUAAUACAUAGUCUUGUGUGAAGAGUAUUGACUUUGCAGUUCCUAUUGGCAUUUCUUUUAGAUGAAAGCAGUUGAUAGCAAAUGUGCACUUCCCCCAUCAUAGGAUGCUCUAGAUAACAUAUCCAAUUUAUAUUUCCUUGAUUCAAUAUCAGAAAAGGCUAUUCCCCCUUAUUCUUAUUAAAUGCAGUUCAUUGCCUGCUUCUAUCUGGCCUGUAGUGAAUUGGGGUGGGAAAGAGAGAAAGUACAUUUAUACAUGGCUGAAAUACCAAUGCUAUUCUUGGCACAGCAUCAUCAAUGCACCUAACACUCAUUGUAGUUCUCUGCAUAUAAAAAGAGAGUGGGGACUGAUGGAUCUCAUGGUUCUUCAGAUCUCACCAAUCGAGCCAACUAACUGAUUGUUAUAGUAUCUUUGUGUUUUCCUCUCCUAAAUAAGAAUGAGAUUCCGGCCAAAAAAGCAGGAAGGUGUGUACAACACAUACACAAGUGGAAAUGAAGCACAUUUCAGAUAUUGAGCAAUGCGAUCCUGUUCACAGUGAUUGUCAGCCCAUCUUUAACACGAUCCUGUGCUCAAAUGGUUGACUAACAGUAGUAGUCUACCCAACUUUUCCAAUUUUCAUGUCCUUUCUACAUUAAGCAGAGUUCACUGUCAGAAUUGGUGAGGGUGUAUGCCAAAUAUAUCAGCAUUAAUUGUUCUGUCAAUUUGUUGUUUGUGCUAUGUUCUGUACUCACUUGGUGUUUUGAAGUUUUUUUCUGUAUACAGCAAGUCUAUUCAUAAAAACAUUAGUGUACUGUAAUCCAAAGGUAACUUAGGUCUUUUUUUUCUUUUUACUGCAGUAUUGCUGAGUUAAAGAAAGGUAACCACCAGAAGUUGAUUUUUAAAAGAAAAUACAGUUCUAAGUGCAGUAUGUUCAGAGAACUCAAUGUUAAUCUGCUUCUUCUUGUUUAUUUUAUUGGAGCAAAAGUCAAAAUGUCACACAGCAGCCUUUUGAAGAACAAUGGUGCAUGUUAUUUAUGCACCUAAAUCAUUGCGUUGCCAUAUGUUGUACUAAACAUCUCACAGUUGAAAAUUAGAGUUGAUGCUGGGUUUUUUUUAAAAACACCUUUUACAAAAAAAAAGGUUUUUUGUUCAAUUUCUGUACAUACUGGUUCUCGAGUAGUUGUCAACAAGUUUGGAUGAUCUGCUCAGAGAUUUUUAACACAGCCUAUUAAAUCUUUUAAAAUGUCUCAAAAUACUGUGACCUUGUUUAAACAGCAGCAGGUCUCUAUACAGACAUACAUGGAAAGAACAGGAGGCUUAAUCAAAAUAUAAAUAUGCAGUAAUACAGGGCAAUGUUUACUUACUGGACUAAUCAGCUGUGCCUUUUAGUCUAAAUGACAGAUUAAAAUCAGUUAUGAAAGGACUUUAACUUCACAGAACUGUGCAGUAUGCAGCAACUGUCCAAGAAUAUGAGCGCAUAUUGUCCUCAGGUAAAAUGUAUGAGAAUGGUUGGCAAUAUCUUUGUGCCUUGUUAGUAGAAGGCAAUUGAAGAUUAGAUGUUUAUAUUUAUUAGAUUAGAUGUGCAUGUUUUCACUUCAAUAGAAUCAAGAACACUAGAUUCAGCUAAUGCUCAAAGAUCUCACAUUUGUGUUGCGUUGUGGUAUCAGCUUUGGUAUUCGUCUCACACGUGGGGCCAGUGAAAUGAAACAUUCAAAAGAAAAGCAGUAGGGAGGCUGUUGAGCAUAUCAUGUUUUGCCAUUUUGUCUACAGCCACAAUGUAUUCAGUAGCUUUUACUGCAAAAUAUUUUAUGCGUUUUCCCCUGAAUUACUAUAUGUAUAAUCCAUGUACUCAACAUAAUUCAAACUAGAGAUCUUCAUGUGUGUAGCUGGAGGGAUAGAAUCCACCUCCACAGGAAGAAACUUUGAUUAAACCCUUUUGAAAUAAUCUGGAGUUUACUCACCUGCUUGCUACUUCUGGUUUUCAUUUAAGAGCAAGUUUAGAUCACUAAGUAAUGAUAAUAUUGUUUGCUGUAAAGAAAUUAGUUCUUAAGAGUUAAUGCUUUUGUGGCCGUGAGAAGGACAUGGAAGACAAACUGGCUGAGUUUUACAACCAAUGUGAUACAAGUAGGAUUUAUGAUUUAUGCCUUUUUAUGACUUAGUAAAAGAGGUUCCACCAUUUAUUCAGGGAAGUGGUUCCCCUCUUUGAAGACAUUCACCUUUUAUCCAAGUGCAACUUUCUUUUACCUAUUAUUCGUAGUACCAGUCGAGCACUUGCAUUGCACUAUAUUCAGACAUAUUUGACACAGUUUUUUCGAUUAUAAGAUAAAUAUUGGGAAUAUCUGCUAUAUUAUAAAAAUGUUCUGUUUUGAGCAUAUUAUUGCUCAUGACAGAACAUUGUUCAAAACUUCAAAGAGCUGGAUGAUACACAGAUAGAGUCUCAGUCAAGUUAUGCCAAAUAAGGAAGCAAAAAGGAUGAAAAACUACAACACAAUAAAAUGGAGCAAAAUGGAAUGAGAAAAAUGGUGGAAGUGUGAGUGUCCAAAUAAUCAGAUAUGAGAGUUUGUUAGGUCACGAGUUAUUUUUAUUGAAGUGAACUAACGAGGCAAAAUUGAGAAGAUUAGUUGUAUUUUACAUUCAUGGGAUAAAUGCGGGAGUUACUGUUUUGACAGAUGAGAUCAAGUACACUAAAAUUAACAGAAUCAAAUUGCAAUUCUCUUCUAAUCCACUUAAAGGCUGAAAAGUAGCAUAAAGUGAUGACAGCUUGAAAAAUUUCAACUUGGAAAAUAAUUUUCAAUUCUUUGACACAACUUGGCUAUUUUUAGUUGUUUGGAAAAUAACUUUGGUAUCUCAAUACAGAGAAGAACAGAAGUGCCAGUACAGAAUUAUUAAGUAAUUUAUAGAUUUGACCAUCAUGCAAGCUUAAUUAUUUUAAAUAUUGCCUUUUGUCCUACUAUUAAAUAAUUUAAGUCAUUAAAUAUAUUGCAUAUUAUAAGUAACUCUGAUUUUCAUUCAAAUUCCCCAUUGUUUUCUUGGAAUUAGGUCGAUUGUUUGAAGUUCAUUAUCUCCAAAUGUAAAAAGAGGCUUCAGAUUUCAGGUCAAUCUAUACCAAGUAAUGUCUACUGACAUAUGAAAUAAACAGAUGGCAUUUUGUUUAUUCAUUACCGUUUCAGCAACUUGUCAAUGAUUAUAACUAAAAUAAAAGCAUUGUCAAAAGAUAUUUAACAUAGUCUUUGCCAGGACUCCUCUAAGUCCCUUCCUCUGAUAUGAAACUUUGUCAGCUUUGUACUUGGUAGAGGAAUUUUGAAUGAGAGGUUAUUAUAAGUGGUUAUUUUCAUAGUGAACCUUCCAAUUGAUGAAAACUGAUGAACACAGUUUUACAUGAUGCUUAUUAGCUACCAAUGUACUAAUAAUGUAAGAUAUCAAAUUCUUCUUUCACAGCAGUAGCCAAAGGAUACACUUCAUUGAACUCAGUGUCCUGCUUUAAGAGGCAUUGUAAAUGGACAUAUGUCACAAUUGGAGCUGCAUGUCUGUGAGAAUAGCAUUUUACAAGUCACGGGAAUGUCUUGGCUAAUAGUCUCAAAAAGGCUUUUAGCUAUCACAGACUGGUUGUCCAGUUACAUAUAUAACUGUACAAAUAUCUGCAAAUGGUGUCAUAGAGUCAUAGAGAUGUACAGCAUGGAAAAAGACUCUUCGGUCCAACCCAUCCAUGCCGGAGUCAAUUCAUAUACUUCUAUAGUUAGCACCAAUGAUCUGGAAUUACUCAAUAUAAUGUAAAGGCUUUAUGAGCAUUUUACAAUCAUUAUUAUCUGUGUAAUAAUUACUAUCAUAAGCAAUAAUGUCCCAAAUGGGAACUGGCUUUGGACUGGGGGAGGGGAAGUAACUCUCAGACCCGGCACCCCCAAAUAAAUAAAUGAUCAAAAGUAUGAGAUAUUUAUUCUUUGAUAAUUAAAACAAAUUUAAGCUGGCAAUUUUCAUCAUAUUUCCCUAAAAUGAUAAAGCAAAUUCAGUAGUACAGUACAGAUACAUUGAUCAUAACUCCUUCAGUCCAGGAUAUAAUCUUGCAUUAGUGAAAACUCUAAAGGCCUCCUGCUGCAAUGAUACCAAACCUUCAAAGGAUGCUGUGUUUUAUUUUCAGAAAUGGUGGAACCUAUAAAAAUAAAUCUGCAUGUGUUUGUGUGUGUUUUUAUAAUUUACUUCUCUGUAAUUGAAAAUAAUGACUUCCUAUCCAUACUGGACAGUAAAUACCUGUUUUUUUUUUAAGUACUACUGUUUAGCACAAAGUACAGCCCAAGUCCAUAAUACUAGUAUUGUGUAAGAGUUUGAUGUAAUCCAGUAAUCUUUUGCAUGAGAUACAUCACAAAUGUAACCUGCCAUCACUGUAAACAAUCUGUAACAAAUGUGAUAUGUACAGGUGCCCUAUUGUGUAUUGUAUUGUAUUAUAAAAGUAAUAUAAAUGUUGCCAAGCAAUUGAACAUCACCUUAUUUGCCAUGUUAAUGGUGACACAUACACAUUUUGUGAGCCAAAAUGAGGCUCAGUGACAUUCAAUUAGCAAGAGUGCAUUAUGCAUAAUAUCUGUCUUCUCUGUAGGCCUGUGGUCAGUAAAUUCAGCCACUGGAGCUCAAUUCACCAGAUUCGUAAAGUAAAAGUUUACGUUAAUUCUGAUUUUUGUUUUAAAGAAAGAUAUGCCCAUUUCGUUUUUGGACAAACCAAUUUUUGCUGAAAGAUUUACAGUAUCGUGUGAGGUAUUCCUCAUGAAGGCUGGUAUCAAUUUAUCAGAGGAUUAUAUGCAAUGACAAGAUUUUAAGAGAUUUAUUUAGAUAGAAGUUCAUAUCAUACCGAUUUUCUUGCAGUAGGUGUUGCUAAUGGUUUUAUAAGCAUUAAUUAUAGGUUAUGAAAAAAUGCAUACUAGAGACACCUCUGGUAUUCAUUGGAUUUUGCAAGAGAGCAGAUACAGAAGACUUCACAUGAAUAUGUUGAACAGCUUCUGCAUACAGAGAAGGGCAGAAAUUAACGUUAUACGUGGAAAUGAAAAUUUGAAAUCCAAACCUUGAUCUUAGAUAUAAUUUGAUGAUUGUGUUACAGUAAAAAAAUAGUCUUGUGCCUCACUAUGCAGUGCUUGAUCAUAACAGACUGGCUGUUAAAAGAGUUCCAUUGUAUGGCCUGUGCAGAUUGAUGAACAGGCUUAAUAGUUUAUCUUCCAGUUACUUAAGAAUGUAAGUGGAAAGAAUAAUAAUGUAAUGCCUUGCCGAUCUUUUAAUUAAUUUUCCAUUUGAAUUUUUUUUUGGCAGUAUCACUUUCCAGCAUUCUUUCCAACAAAUGGAUUGUCUCUUGACUAUGUGUAUAUGUCAACAUGCAGGUCAUAUGGAUCACUGACA